GACAUCACCGGGGCAGCUCACAGGCUCAAACCGACACAACAGCGUCAGCCUCCGCACGGUUGCGCAGUUAAUAUCGGUAACCGAGGGUGACUGUGCACCACUGCGCUAACUGGUCUUCUGCAGUAGCUUCUGAAACGAUCUCAAUCGCGAUUAUGGCGUCAAAUGAUUAUGCCCAAACCUCAAGCCAUGGUUAUGGUAGUUAUGGAGGACAGUCCAACCAGAGUUACAGUCAACCCUCCGGACAAAAUUACAGCCAGCAGAGCUAUGGAGGAUACAACCAAAACUCAGAGAGCAGCUCUGCCUAUAAUCAGGGUGGAUACAGUUCCAGCUACGGACAGUCCCAAUCAGGAGGAUAUGGGUCUCAGCCCCCCUCUCAGGGCUAUAAUCAGUCCAGUCAGUCAUACAGCUCUGGAGGCUACAGUAGCAGCAGCAGCAGCAGCAGCCAGCCUCCACCAGCUCAAAGUGGAGGCUACAACCAGCAAUCCUCUUAUUCCAGCUAUAACCAGCAUCAGUCUGGUCCUCCAUCUGCCUCUGGCAACUACGGCAGCAGCCCGCAGUCAUCUGGCUAUGGUCAGCAGCAGCAGCAGCAGCAGGGUGGGGGUGCAUAUGGUGGCAGUGGGGGUCAGUCUGGAGGAUACGGGGGCAGCGGAGGACAGAGCGGUGGAUAUGGGGGUAGCUCCGGGCAACACCAGUCCUCUCAGCAUGGAGGAGGGCCUUACAACCAAUCUCCCAACUACAGCUCUCCUCCACCUCAAAACUAUGGCCAACAAAAUCAGUAUGGACAGGGAGGCUACAGCCAGGAUGCCCCACCAAUGAGUGGUGGUGGUGGAGGAGGCUAUGGUGGCCAGGAUGGUGGAUACAGCCAGGAUGGCAGAGGUGGACGUGGUCGUGGAGGUGGCUUUGGAGGUCGAGGAGCGGGUGGGUUUGACAGAGGUGGUCGUGGAGGUCCCCGUGGCAGAGGAGGAAUGGGAAUGGGUGAUCGUGGAGGAUUCAAUAAGUUUGGUGGGCCCAGGGAUCAUCUAGCUGGUGGGCCCAAUAUGCAGGAGCAGGAUAACUCUGACAACAACACCAUCUUUGUGCAAGGUCUUGGAGACAACUAUACCGUGGAGUCAGUAGCAGAUUUCUUCAAACAGAUCGGCAUCAUCAAGGUCAAUAAAAAAACAGGAUUACCCAUGAUAAAUCUGUAUACCGACCGAGAGACAGGGAAGCUUAAAGGGGAGGCAACUGUUUCCUUUGAUGACCCUCCUUCUGCAAAAGCAGCCAUUGAUUGGUUUGAUGGCAAGGAUUUUAAUGGAAAUCCUAUCAAGGUGUCCUUUGCUACUCGCAGAGCUGAAUUUGGACGUGGCGGUGGCAGCAUGAGAGGUGGUCGUGGUCGAGGAGGACCAAUGGGCCGUGGAGGAUUUGGGGGUGGAAGAGGGGGUGGCGGUGGCGGCGGUUUCCCAGGAAACAAUGGUGGCGGCGGCGGUGGCGGUGGUGGUGGCAGCGCCGGUCAGCAAAGAGCAGGAGACUGGAAAUGUUCAAACCCAACUUGUGGUAAUUUGAAUUUCUCAUGGCGAAAUGAGUGUAAUCAGUGCAAAGCUCCCAAACCGGAGGGAAGUGGGGGAGGAAUGUCACCAAUGGGAGGAGGCUUUGCUGGAGACAGGGGCAGAGGCGGAUUUGAACGAGGUGGUUUUCGCGGACGCGGUGGCGAUCGAGGGGGCUUCAGAGGAGGGAGGGGAGGUGACCGGGGAGGAUUUGGACCCGGCAAGAUGGACUCGAGGGGUGACCACAGGCAUGACCGCAGAGACCGGCCUUACUAAUGGAAGAAACUUUCUUCUGUCCAAAUAAGACUUUAAUUCGAUGUGGGACCAGUAUUCACUCCACUUCAACAUGUAUUACCUUGUCGCUCAUGUUUUGUGUUGUAUGUUGUCAAAAUGUUUCUGUUUUAGUUCUGAUAAUAUUAUUUUCUUGUAUUAUUUUCUAUAUAUUCUGAUAUAUAGAUAAUGAAUUUUGCGUUUUUCCUCUGAAUUUUUCUGGUGUUUAGGUCAUCGCUAUUUGUGCAAUUUAUUAAAUGUACUUUUAAUUUUUUUUUUUCUGUAAACUGUGGUUUAAAAUUAAAAAUGUUUGAAAGUA